AUGUCGCCGGAACAUCGCGCAGAGAGCACGGCUAGCACCGCUUCCAACGUGUCGAACUCGAACAACGGCGGAGAUUGUGCGCGGCGGGAUAGCAUUGGCGGCGGCGGCGGUGCCGACGACGGCACCGGGAGCAAUGACAACGUUCGUUGCGAUGCUGCUAGCCUCGGCGUACCUUGUACGAACUGUGUCGCCUUCUCGAUCGACUGCAAAAUCCCCACGCCGAAACGAAAAAAGCUUGCCGGCGGAAAGAAAGACGAGACGGAUGGUUAUGGCAGGCGCGGCUCCACAGUCGGCCCUUCACCUUCGCCGGUGGAUGGUAAUCCCAUGAAUUUCAAUCGCACCCCACAAACAAUCGUUGCGCCGCAUCUCGACGGCACGCCUCCGGUGACCUACCCCGACGCCAAAUUCGCCCAAGUCGCAACUGAUUCCGGAACCUAUACGCAGUUCAUGAGACCCAAGUUCGCGCGAGCACCCAUUAAGGAGGCUGGAAGAGUGGCAUAUUUAGGCGAAUCGUCGAAUCUGAGUUUGCUCGUGCAGGACAAGCAUGGAUCGACCGACGUUGUCCAUUAUCCGCUGCCCGAGAACAUUCGCGGGACGAGAGCACGGUUGACAGAACUCGACACGAUCGAAAUCGAUAUUCUACACCAGCGAGGCGCCUUCUUGCUGCCACCACGAGCACUCUGCGACGAGCUCGUUGCGGCAUACUUCAAGUGGGUGGCCCCGAUCGUCCCGGUAAUCAAUCGGAGCAGGUUUAUGCGUCGGUAUCGGGACCCUAAGAAUCCACCAUCGCUACUGCUACUGCAGAGCGUUUUGCUGGCUGGAUCCCGAGUGUGCGAUAACCCCCAGUUAAAGGACCCGAGCGGCUCGACGACUCCCGCAGCAAUGACGUUUUACAAGCGGGCGAAGGCAUUGUAUGACGCCAACUAUGAGGAUGACAGGGUCACAAUCGUGCAGAGCUUAGUGCUGAUGGGCUGGUACUGGGAAGGGCCAGAAGAUGUUACCAAGAACGUUUUCUAUUGGAGUCGGGUAGCAACAAUAGUGGCGCAGGGAUCCGGCAUGCACAGGAGUGUGGAGCACUCGCAAUUAAGUCAGGCCGAUAAGCGGCUGUGGAAACGAAUUUGGUGGACACUCUUCACACGUGAUCGGUCUGUGGCCGUAGCUUUGGGAAGACCGGUGCACAUCAAUACCGACGAUUCGGACGUUGAAAUGGUGACGGAAGAAGAUUUCCUGGACGACGAGCCUGGAUUUCCUGCCGAAUAUCCCCCGGAUCCCCUGCACGUGCAGUUCUUCCUCCAUCACGUCAAGCUCUGCGAGAUUAUGGGAUUGGUGCUGGCGCAGCAAUACUCGGUUGCUUCGAAGGCGAGGAGAAACAACCAGAUCGAUCUGAUGCAGAGUGAUCUCGCACUUGCGGAUUGGAUGGUGCACGUUCCGUCCGAGAUGCGUUACCAUGUCGAGGACAAGUCGAGACAGAACUUUUGGGCGGCGUUGCUGAAUUCCACGUACUAUACAACUCUAUGUCUACUUCACCGCGCGCACAUGCCGCCGGCGAUAUCUACGAGCCAAGGUCAGCAGGACCCUUCGAUUAAUGAGGAUCAUUACCCGUCACGCAAUAUCGCUUUCCGUGCUGCUCACGGCAUCACAUCCAUCGUUGACAACCUGGUGGAGCAUGACCAGUUGAAAUACUGUCCCGCCUUCAUUGUCUACAGUUUAUUCUCUGCACUCAUCAUGCAUGUCUACCAGAUGCGCUCGACUAAUCCUCAAGUGGCGCUGGAAACGCGAGAAAGGAUGCGCAAGUGCAUGGACGCAUUGCAAGCCGUAUCGCGGGUAUGGAUUGUGGCCAAGAUGGUCUACACGCUGUUUGAGUCGAUCCUGGGCAACAAAGCGCUCGAGGACCGUCUCCACAAGUCGACCACCCGACGCCACCAAAACCGCCGGCACAACCACGCCGCUGGCAUGAACGGCAAUGUGGAUCCCGUGCAGGCACAAGAACCACCCAAACGUAAAUUCGACCAGAUGGAUCUGGGACCGAUGUCCACCGGCCCCGUUCCCAACGUAUCUUACGAGCGCUCUCGUCCCCAAACUCCUGCCCCCACCCCCGGGAAUGACGGACCUCCGAUGGUGGCCCCCGGUCCAACAACACCCGGUCAACAUAUGCGAGACAGCUUCAUGAGCGGGAUGCACUCGCGCGGCGCUACCAGGCCUCCAACACCCUUCAACCCAUCCCUCUCCGUCCCCGCUACUCCACCCGAGAUCUUCCUCGUCACGGCACCCGACACACACAUCUCACAGAGCCUCUGGGAGAACUUUCAGCCCAACCAGCUCUUCCCGGACGAUUCGGGCUUGUCGUAUUUCUCGCCGCCGCCACCAGGCCCCAACACGCUGGAUCCGCAACUGCAGCAGGGUGUAGGCGGAAUGGGCAUGGGCGACGGCUCACAAAUAAUGCAGCCAGGAAUGAUGCACCACGACGGCAAGCAAUGGAACACAGGCGGGUACGACAGCAUGCAGGGCCAGGACAUGGGCGGCGGCAACGGAAUGGCCGCAGGCAGCUCACCAGACGACACAUGGAGCAAUAGCAGCAAGGGCGGCAUCGUGCCGACCACGCUAAACGUCGAGGACUGGUUUAAUUUCUUUGGGCUGAAUGGGGAGUUGGGGCCUGCGGCGUUGGGGUGA